AAAUAAAAAAUAUUGCUUAAAACAACUCAAAAUGACCUAACCCUCGUUGAUAUUGUCUCCUCCAUACCUCCUGUGCCGAAAAUCAGUCUCCCACAUCCAGUCAAAGACUCAGCGUCCCCUAUCGUCCUCCUGUUGUUCCGCCAUCGGCGCUGCCAGACAGCACCAACCCUGGCUUGCAUCCCGUGACCCUUUCCUUUUCCUCUCCCUUCCUCUUAGCGCUUCUUUGUCUUCGUCGUCCUCUCCGGCAAGGCUCCACGCAGUAACAGGCCAGCAGCAACUCAAAUUUCAGGAUCCCCAACCGAGAAGGCAAUUCUUUCUUGGGCCGUGAAGGUUGGUCCUACUAAUUAGUUAGCUUGUUGGUAUAUAUGUAUGUAUUGAUGUAUUGGUUUUGAAGAUGAACUUAAUUAAUCGAUUCAUGGCAAUUGGGGAUGAAUUUUGAUCUUACCAGAUCAAAUUCGACAGUUCUCCAUGUCUUCCCCUUCAAUUUUGAGAAAAAGCGAGGCAGAUAAUGGUCUUUCUAUGAGCAUCCAAGAAACUGAAGUUGCAAAAGAAAGCUAUGAUAUUAUAAUUCUUGAUGAUAACUUGGCAUCAGUAGUAAAGUUCCAGCUCACUGUUAACAUUGCUGCUCUUGUAAUGAAUGUUGUGGCCACGGUAUCUGCUGAAGAAGUUCCUUUAAAUGUAGUUCAAGUGAACCACCAUUUCCUCACUCUUUAAUUUGCAGUUAUAUGUUAAGUUUAGUUUUGGUUUAAUUUGCUUACAUGCAACUUUUGUGGGUUAACCUGAUCAUGGACACUCUUGGAGCCCUUGCACUAGCUAUGGAACCACCAACUGACAGCCAUAUGCGCAUAUCACCAGUUGGCUGAAGGUUUGUAUUGCUUCAUUUGGAUCUGAUUUCUGCAUUUUAGAAUGUCUCUCGCCUUAAUUUCACACCCUGUGCUCUUGCUCGAUCUUUUAGGGAAUCUCUUAAAACUAAUGUCAUGUGGAGGAACUUAAUCAUACAGGUAGUAGCUAGAGUACAUCAUUCUUAAUACUGUGCCGAGAAAUUAAACUUGCACACUGUCCUGUUGUAGAUCAUCAUUCAUUUGUGUGUAGCCUGGAAACAUAUUACAUAUGCCUCUUUGGAUCCUGUCACUUUAUGAUCUUUUAUAUAUUUGCUUUCCCGGGCUAUCUAUCAAGUGACCAUUCUUCUCAUUCUUAAUUUUGGUUGGCAAAGUAUUAAUCUAGGUGAUGAUCAAUAUUCUAAAUCUCACUCCUUACAAGUGAAGAAUACUUUAAUAUUCAACACAUUCAUUCUAUGCCAAGUAAGUAGUGAAAACCUAUUUAAUUAAUUAUUUAAUUUGGAGAUAAAUCUGCGAUUUCUUUAUACAAUGUGUCUCUGUCCCAACCCCUUCCCUUGCAACAAAAUAACUUUAUAGUGCAAUAUUAUACAGAAUACCAGAUUCUUAUUGGGAUAGUUGUUGUUGUAAUGUUUUGACUCAGAUAUUUAACGAGUUCAAUGUAGAAAAAUAGAUCAAAUGAAUGUCUUCAAGGGAGUGACUAAGAAUCGUCUCUUCAUGGAAAUUGUUGGAGUGACAUUUGUUCUUCAGGUGAACAGGCAUUCAAUUGUUAUUCUAAAUUAAUCAACAGUGCUAUUGAGUCCUUAGAUGGCGCGGUAAACAUGCAUAUCUACUCCUAUUAUUCCGUUUGCUAAUCACAAAUAACAAUUUAAUGAGUUUGAACUUGUCCAUUUGUAUGUUACAUUGUAAGUGUAAUGGGUUGCCGUGGUAUCUACUUUUCAUCAUAUCAUUGUUUGAUUAUUUUGUAUUUAGUUAUUUAUUCUUUUGUUCUUGAAAA